AUGACUAGAUUGAACUAUAGCAACUAGAAUUAAAUGAAUAAUAUUUAAAUUAAUGAGGAAGAUUAUUCAAUCUCAAAGUUUUUUACUGAUGGUAUUUGGUCUAAAUAUAAUCCAUUAAGUAAAAUAAAAUAGAAUGGGCUUUAUGGAUUAUUAGAUAGUAAUUGCUAUUAGCUUCAUAAUGCAAUUGAUUUCGAAUAGUAAACUCUAAAUCUGAUUUAUUAUGAUUUUUUAGAUUAUGAAUAUCUAUAACUAAGAUAAUUUAAUUUAUUGGCAAUGAUAAUAGACAACAUAUAUUUGAGAUAAAUAUUGGAGAAUAUGAAUAUGAGAAUAUUUGGUAUUAUUUAUAAAUUUAAGCAUGGCCAUAGUUGAAUAUAUUAGAUUUAAUAAUAGCAAAAUAUUAAGAUAUUGUAUUAAGAAAAUAAAUAUAGAUAAAAUAUCCUUUUAUGGAUAGUAAUUUGAUUUUAACUUUUGGGAGGUAGCUUUAAAAUAAUAAAUUCAAAAAUUACAGAGAUUUAUUAAGGAACUGUAUUUUCAUCAUUUCCUGGUUAGAUUAGUUUUCAAUUGAAUAUAUAACCUAAUUUUGAUCCUGGUAUUUAUAAAUUAAGCUUUUCAAAAUAUUAAUGUUUAAAUUUGUGAAAAAGGUGAAGAUAAUAUAAAAAUUUAAGAUUAGAAUAUAAAUUAUUUGGUUAAAUAUGCAUAUAUUUCAGAAUAAAUUAAUUGUGACAUUUUCAUUUUAAUAUUACAAUUUAAAAUUAUUGAAAUAGUAUCAAUGGAUUAAGAAUAUAAAUUUUAAAUUAUUAAACUAGGUCCAAAUUUAGAUAGUGAAGUUUAUUAAAAUGACAAUUUAGCAGCCUUUUAAUUAUAUUAUUUAAUCUCUGAAAAUACGUUUAAAAUCUUUAUAACAAUAUAUAAUUACAUGUUACCUGGUAUUAAUAUUAAUUUUGAGAACAAUCCCUUUUUAAUAUAAAAAGAAUAUUUAAUUUGCUCAAAACCUUAUUAAUAAUUGGCAUUACUUAUUUGUUAAAUUAAAAUCUAAUUAAUUAUAUAUUUCAAUAAUAUUUUAUUAAAAUGA